CACCAGAUGUCUUUCUUCCUGACUGAGAUGUUUCUGUGGUCUUUAAAGACUAACUUACAUAUUAGAGAUGACGAUAUUGGGAUCCACCAGUACUAUGACAAGAAAGAUCCAGCGUCACAGAUGAAGCAUGGUUACUUAGAAGAGAAGGAAAAGCUAGCAGAAUCUCGAGAUUAUCCUUGGAUACUGAAAAACAAGCGACCAGACAAACUGCGAGAUGCACUAAAGGAGGUAGAGGACUUAAUGCAGAACGGUCAAUGUGUGCUCAGCAAAUGGAAGAACAAACACGUCUGUCAGCUCCUCUUUCACUCAGGUAUAUUGGUGUCCCUAAGCCUUUCUGGGCCACAGCUGGAGAAAGUGGUGAUUGACAGGACCCUGGUGGGGAAGCUCAUCUCCAACACCAUCAGUGAUGCUGUACUUACAGAUAAUUUCAUCAUCUUGUCAUUUGAGGACCAGAACCAGCUCUGCUUUAUUCAGUUCACAAAAAAGAUGGAUCCUCCAGAUGUAAACAAAAGACUGGAAAAACUCUCUUGUUUGGACUUUAAGAUUUCCUAUAUUGAUAUACAUGGACCAGAAGGUAGAAGGAUGAAACGUCACCUGGCAAUAAACUGUAUGCAAGAUAUGGUCAUUUGCUGGUGGUCAGCAACUAGUGAUGGAGCAUGGCCUUGGCCUCCUAUUUCCUGUGAGAGGGACAGAGCCAACCUAUUGCUGUUAGGCUGUGCAAAUGGCAAAUUGGAGGUUCUGAGCUAUAUCCGCACGGAAUGGGAUCCGCUUGAUGCAAGCUUCAGCACUAAUCAGCCUUAUCAGGUUUACACAGUAGAGCACUCCAUCUCUGCAGACAAAAAGCCCAUGGCUGACAGCUGCAUCUACAAGUGUGUUCGGAACAAAAUUCAGUGUGCCACAGUCACCAGAAUACCGCUACAAUCCAAGGCCAUCAGCUGUUGCAGAGAUGUUACAGAAGACAAACUAGUCCUGGGCUGUGAGGAUUCGUCAAUAAUUCUGUUUGAAGCCUACAACCAAGUGACUUUGUUAGCCCAAGCAGAACUGCUGCCUGCCUUAAUAACCUACCAUCCUUCUGGAGCCAUAUUCAUGGUUGGCAGCUCUCAAGGGGAGCUGCAAGUUUUUGACACAGCACUGUCCCCAAUUAAAAUUCAGCUUGUAGCUCAAGAUUAUUCACCUGAGGCAACUCUGCAAUUCAGUAAACACUUUAACGUGCCUAGCAGCCUCAUCCAGAUCCAGUGGGCUGCUCCUCAGGUUGCAUCUGCCAGCACCAGUGGCAUGGAUAUUCAUGAUCUUUUGUUGGUUAGAUUCGACAAAGGACCCUUAGGAGUACUUCAUUUUAAACUUGGUGUGAUCACAAGAGGACAGCUGGGCCUUGUGGAAAUCAUCCACCAGUACAUUCGUUAUGAUGAGGUACAUGAGGCAAUUAAUGUCCUGAACACAAUGAACUGGAACACAAUGGGUCGUCAGUGUUACAUAUGCUUGAGUGCCAUUGUCAAUCACCUUCUUAAACAAAAGCUUACACCAGACAGAGAAGCACAGCUUGAGGCAAGCCUUGGAACCUUUUAUGCUCCAACACGACCUCUCUUGGAUGAAACCGUGCUGGAGUACAGGGACCCAAUCAGCAGAUAUGCAAGAAGGUUCUUCCACCACCUGCUCAGAUAUCAAAGAUUUGAAAAAGCCUUUCUGCUAGCUGUUGACAUAGGUGCUCGGGACCUGUUCAUGGACAUCCAUUACCUUGCACUAGAUAAGGGUGAAUUGGCACUAGCUGAAGUGGCAAAGAAAAAGGCUAAUGACAUUGAUGCAGAAUCAAUAACUACUAGAAUUGGACUUCUGGGGCAGUCAGAUGAGGAAGACCCAUCUCAGGAAGCUUUCAUUGUCCAGUCUCCAGAGCAUGGAGGAGAGCAUGAGCCACCUGCUCCGGGUCCAGCCAUCAGACUGCCAGCACAGAGCUGCUCCCAAAGAUCCACCAGCAGCAGACAGGCAGAGGACACAGAACUUAAGCCUGGAGUGGAUGGCCACACCGCCUCCCUGAUGGGGAAACGCUCUUCCAGUAAGCGGGAAGGAAACUUGAGAGCAGUUCCUUCAGAGCAGGAGACUGGAAACAGCGGGUCUCUCAAAGUCGUGCACUUCGGGAUGGUGUGACUGACCUGCCAGAGCAAAGAAGGGGAAACCUCACCAAGGUGGUGA